UUCUCCAUCUGAUCACUAAAUUAAAUGACUUCUCCUCCAUCUACAUUCAUACAACAUUUUCAUCAACAAGUUUGAAAGAAACAAAGCUUUCAAGAGAAGAUAUCAUGGCUGCUACCACACCUGCAGGUGUGCAAGUCACUGAUACUAAUACAACAAAUGUUGAAGGUAUGGUGAAUAUCAAAGGAAACAAAAUGGUCAAGAGCAACAACAGGGAGUUUGGUGGAUGGAGUUGUGCUUCUCGAAUUCUCUUCCUUGGAGGCGUAGAAUCUUUCAUCUUUUAUGGAAUUGCUUCAAACUUGAUCAGCUUUCUAACCACGCAAUUGGGACAAUCUACAUCAGCAGCUGCACAGAAUGUUAAUGCUUGGACUGGUUUCAUGCAUAUGCUUCCACUACUAGCUGUGUAUGUUAUCGGUCACCCCUCUUAUUUUAACAGAUACCUUACCAUCCUGAUUUCUGGAGCCUUCUAUCUUCUGGGGGCUUGUAGCGAUAACCCUAUAUGAUUUGGUAAUGGAUGGGUGGUCUUACAAUGGAAAAGUAAUCUUCUUCUUCUCAUUGUAUCUAAUUGGAAUCGGAAGUGUUGGAUUCAAGACCUGAGCACCAGCUUUUGGUGCAGACCAAUUUGAUGACCGAAAUCCAAAUGAAUCCAAGUCCAAAAUUUCAUUCUUUAAAUGGUGGCUAUUUGGACUAUCUGUUGGAUCGUGCAGUUCCCACUUGAUAUUGAACCAUGUCCAAGAUAAUUUAGGUUGGUAUAUAACAUUUGGAAUAUCAUACAUUUUAAUGAACAUAGCGCAAAAUGUAAUCAUGUUUGGAGGCGUAUGUUAUCGCUAUGCUCAUGAAAAAGAUGCAGAUAAAGUAAACCCAUUAGAAGCAUUAACUAACGGUUUAGUUGCGGCUGUCAAAAAUUUUAAGGUUGAAGAUGUAAAUGUUGUGCCGCCGUUGGUUCCCCGAUGGAUGCUGUGGUUAACAUAUCCAUUAGUGCACUCUCAAGUUCUUACCUUCUUUGUUAAGCAGGGCUGCACUAUGGAAAGGUCGAUCACACCAGACUUUCAGGUACCUGCAGCUUCAAUUCAGAUAUUUCUCACUGUAUCCAUCAUUCUGUUUGUGGCAACGUACGACUGGAUCCUUGCUCCACUUAUUCGAGCUUUUACUGGAAAAUCUAACGCUAUAACUUCACUUCAGAAAAUUGGUGGUGGCAUAUUUGUUUCUGCAAUAACAAUGGUUCUAGCAGGUUUAGUGGAGAACAGAAGGCUUAAAGUUGCUCAAGAAUUUGGACUGGUUAAUGAUCCUAACGUAACAGUUCCUAUGGUUAUCUGGUGGUUGAUUCCACAAUACAUCUUGUCAGGUCUUGCUCUUGUACUCACCAAAGUUGGUUUACAGGAAUUCUUCUAUGAUCCAGUUCCCAAUGAGCUAAGGAAUCUGGGUCUGUCUCUGUACUCAUCCAUAUUUGGCAAAGGAGAUAUCUUCAAUGUCUUUCUUAUAUCAGUCAUACAGAUGGUAACUAGCGCAGGUGGUCAAGAAGGAUGGCUUGCAAACAACAUGAAUCAAGGGCAUUUAGACUACUUCUAUUGGUUUCUAGCUGGACUUAGUGCUAUCGAGCUGGCUGCAUUCUUAUGCUUCGCAAAAUCAUACGAGUACAAUAACCAAGGAGAUGCUCCGAUGUAAUCGUGGACUAAGUAAGGUGAACAUCUGCUCAUUAAGAACAAUAUUCAAUAUCUUUAUGUAAUGUGAUUUAGGAGACUUUGCUGGAGAUUAUAGCCGCAUCAAUAUCUUCAGUUUAGUAAUUUGAAUUUUUUUUUAUUGGAAGUUGUUGUCAGUAAUUUGAAGUUUCUAGUAAUUUAUCUCUCGAUAGUAGAAAUACUUGGAAGUUUCUAGUAAUUUGAAGAUUCUAGUAAUUUAUC